CGAAAGUGAAAUACCGGUAGUUUUAAACUCCGGUCAUUUGCUCUCAGGUCAGACCUUCAGACUUUGAUCUGUUCCUGGUUUGGGUUACCUGCUCGCCUUUAAUCCAGCUUUUCAUUCCCUUCCCUGUAAAGUCACGUUGUUUUGUUUCAGACGGGAAAACUGAGUGGUGAACAUGGCAGGAGCCGGUGAAAUCGAUGAGGGAUUCUACUCCCGACAGCUGUAUGUUCUGGGACAUGAGGCGAUGCGCCGGAUGGGCACAGCUGAGGUCCUCAUUGCAGGCAUGAAGGGGCUGGGAGUGGAAAUAGCCAAGAAUGUGAUCCUGUCUGGAGUGAAGUCUGUCACUGUUCAGGAUGAGGGUCAGGCGGAGUGGUCUGACCUGUCCUCACAGUUUUUUCUGCAUGAGUCUGAUCUUGGUCAGAACCGAGCCACAUCGUCCAUCCCACAGCUGACUGCGUUGAAUCCACAUGUGCGUGUGUCAGCACACGCCGGACCACUAAAUGAAGACCUUCUUCAAAAAUACCAGGUGGUAGUCCUCACUGACUCCUCGCUGGAUGAUCAGAAGCGUUUUGGGGAGUUCUGCCAUAAACAUGGAAUUAAGUUUAUAGUCGCAGACACAAAAGGGCUCUGUGGCCAGUUGUUCUGUGAUUUUGGAGAGCAGUUUGAGGUCUUGGAUCGGGAUGGAGAGAUGCCCACAUCACUGAUGAUUGACCGAAUCACUAAGGACAAUCCUGGAGUUGUCAUCUGUGCAGAUGACCAGAAACACGGACUUUUUGACGGCACUAAGGUUAUGUUCUCUGAGGUCCAAGGCAUGGCAGAACUCAACAGUAUGGCCCCUAUGGAGAUCAAAGUCUGCGGUCCGUAUUCCUUCAGCAUCUGUGACACUUCCAGCUUUUCCGAUUAUGAACGAGGUGGAGUGGUGACUGAAGUUAAACAGCCUCUCACGCUGAAUUUUAAACCACUGAGUGAGGCUCUUAACGACCAUCAGCUACUCAUUUUGAAUGACUACGGAAAAAUAUCCAGACAUAACACUUUGCACCUGGCCUUCCAAGCCCUCCACAGCUUUGUAAAGAGAGAGCAGCGGCUCCCUCUUCCUUGGUCACAGACAGAUGCAGAUUUGCUGCUUGACAUCGUGAACAAGUUGAAUUCAGUUGCAAAACUGGAAGAACUUGAUGAAGCUGCAGUGAGGAUCUUCUCGUACACCGCCCGGGGAGAUUUGGCUCCCAUGAACGCUUUCUUUGGAGGCCUGGCUGCUCAGGAAGUUAUCAAGGCAUCCAGUGGGAAAUUUACCCCUCUCCAACAGUGGAUUUAUUUUGAUGCCCUGGAAUGUCUUCCUGAAGCUGAAAGUCGUCUGCAAGAGAGCUCAUUUUCAUCAAAAGGCACAAGAUACGACGCGCAGAUCGUUGUCUUUGGAUCAGAGUUUCAGCAGAAGCUUCUGAAACAAAAGUAUUUCAUGGUUGGAGCUGGUGCUAUCGGCUGUGAACUGCUUAAAAACUUUGCUCUUAUUGGGCUCGGAGCUGGAGAAGAAGGCCGCAUCACUGUAACGGACAUGGACUACAUUGAAAGAUCCAACCUGAAUCGGCAGUUUUUGUUCAGAUCCAAGGAUAUUGGGAAACCCAAAUCUGAGGUUGCAGCCAAAGCGGUGGCAGAGAUGAACCCCCAGAUCAAAAUCACCGCUCACCAGAACCGACUGGACCCUGACAGCGAGGGCGUGUACGACUACAACUUCUUCAUGGGCCUGGAUGGAGUGGCUGCAGCCCUUGAUAACGUGGAAGCUAGGGUUUAUCUCGAUAAGCGCUGCGUCCUGCACCAGAAGCCGAUGCUGGAGGGGGGAACUUUAGGAAGCAAAGGUCACACUCUGGUGGUGGUGCCUCAUCUGACUGAAUCUUACGGACCGGGCAAGUCGAGCUCCGGAAAUGCCAUCCCGCUGUGCACUCUGAAGAACUUCCCACACCGAAUUGAGCACACACUACAAUGGGCCAGAGACCAGUUUGAAGGACUGUUUAAACAAACACCUGAAAAUGUGAAUCUCUUCUUGAGCGAUCCAAAUUUCAUAGAGCGGACUCUCACUCAUGGGGAUGCUGAGGCCCUGGAGAUCUUAGGAGGUGUAUGCGUCAGCCUUCAGGAGAUGGAGGCUGGAGGCCACCGUCCAAAAAACUGGGAGGACUGUGUGGCCUGGGCACGCUGCAAGUGGGAGACUCUGUACAACAACGAUAUCCGCCAGCUUCUGCACUGUUUCCCUCCGGAAGAGUUGACCUCUAAUGGUUUACCCUUUUGGUCUGGAUCCAAGAGAUGCCCUCAUCCACUGACAUUUGACCCUAACAACGCAACCCACAUGGAGUAUGUGGUGGCAGCAGCCAACCUAUAUGGGCAGAUUUAUGGGAUCCAAGGGACAAGAGACUGUGCUGCAAUCAAAAAUGCCUUAGAGAAAGUCUCAGUUCCACCAUUUAGUCCAAAGUCCUCUGUAAAAAUUCACCUCACUGACAAGGAAAUGGAGGAGGACAGAAAAAAAAAGGGUGAUGACGCUGACAAAGCCCAACUUGAGGAGCUGAAAGGAAAGUUGUCCUCAUUGAAGAGCGCAGGUCAGAUGUCCCCCAUUGACUUUGAGAAGGAUGAUGACAGUAACUUCCACAUGGACUACAUCGUUGCUGCAUCCAACCUGAGAGCGGAAAACUACGACAUUCCGGCAGCUGAUCGCCACCAGAGCAAACGCAUUGCUGGAAGGAUUAUUCCUGCCAUCGCCACAACGACAGCAGCAGUGGCAGGCCUGAUGUGCCUGGAGCUGUUCAAACUGAUUCAGGGUCACAAGAAGAUCGACUCCUACCGCACAGCUUACCUCAACCUGGCUGUGCAGUACUUUGUCCUGUCCCAGCCGUGCCGCCCACAGAGCUUCACAGUCGCAGGAAAGAAGUACACCCUGUGGGAUGAUUUGCUUGUUGAAGGAAGACGCUGCAAUCAGCAGGAAAUGACCUUGGCAGAUCUCAUCCAGCAUGUGAAGAAAACAAAUGACCUGACCAUCUGCAGCCUGUUUUAUGGAACUGCUAUCCUAUACAACGGACACGAAGACAGGCUGAAAAUGAGUGUGUCCGAUUUGGUGAAAAUGGUGACAAAGACAGAAAUCCCUCCUCAUAAGAAGAUGUUAGAGCUGAUCCCUUCGUUUGAUGAAGAUGAGGACUGUGAGACGGUACCUACCAUCAGGUACAUGCUCCUGUGAUGGGUUUCACAAACAAUAAGGUUUUCUGACUCCACGCCCCUGAAUAUUAUUUCUCUUAAUAAAUAAUAGUAAUGACGAAAACUAGUGUAAAGCCAUUUUAACCAAAGAUUGCUACGGGAAUUUAAACAUUUAAAGUGUUUCCUUGAAAUUAUACCAAAUGUACAGAUAUUUCUGAACAACAAUUUGCAUCAUUCCUCUGUUUUAUGGUUUGAUAAAAUCCAACUUUUUUGAUAUUGUUCUUGUCAGUUGCUGUUUUUGUGUUGAUUUUUUAACAGAGUACCUUGUCCUAGUUUAUAAUUUUGGAGAUUUUAAUCUGGUUUUAUUAAUGAUAGACCAAUGCACAGUUCCUGCCUCCAACCCUCAAAAUAAUAGUGGAAGCAGCGUAAGACUACUUGUUGAGUGUACAAGCUUUAUUACCAAGUCAGUGAAACAGAAGUCUUGUAUCAACACCAACUGCUACUGAAAUAUUGUUUUUAUUCAUUUGUUUAAUAGAACAGAGGAUUUAUAGCACAAGUUUUCUUUUACUUUUUUAAAAUUUUUGUUUGAUUUCUUUGUUGUCACAAUCUCAGCUGGCACACUUCAUAAAAAUGUGAUUGUUUUCCUCUCCAGGAUGUUAGCUGGAGGUUGCAAAUAGUUACUUUUUGUUUGAUCAGGGAUCAUAAUACUGGGAACAAAGUCAGCUGCUUCAAAUGGAGAUUAUAACCACAAUCAGUGUAAAUAUGAUUGAAAUCUGGGUGCUAGGAUAUGAGUGUUUUUAUUAUUUAUUUACAAUUAGUAAGUAAUGCAACAUCUCCUUUGUGUUCUGAAAAUCUGCCUUCACAACAGAUAUGAAAAACAGACUUUCCUGUAUAUUUUCCCACUGAGCUGUUGGAGUUUCUUCCUAAGUAGAUCUUUAGGUUCUUUGCUGUUAUAUUCAAAUCUGGUGAUUUCUGUGUAGUGGCAGAUGUUUUUUGGGGUAGAUGGAAACAUCUGGAUAGAAACUGGCAGAGGAGUAAGCUGACCCACUGCUGAGGACACUCUCCCCUCCCAGCCUCUUCCACAAGGCCUUCGUCUGUCCUCAGACGGCUCGUGUUUGUCCUGCCCUUAAGCUCAGCCUCACAUUGUUUCACUCCACACUCUCAAAUUAACAUCCAGACACUUUAAAAACAUGCACUGCUUUCUGCUUGGUUACAUUAUUAAGCUGGAGUGUGAAUUAUUGCUGUGGUAACUCAACCUACACGCUGAAAUAUCUAAACUGUGUAACAAAUCAGAUGUGAUUUGUCAUUAAGAGAUAAUAAAGGUCUC